AUGAGCUUCGACGGUUCAAUGACGGUGUGUGUGACCGGAGCAGGAGGGUUCAUCGGAUCGUGGCUGGUGAAUCUUCUUCUACAGAAGGAUUAUACCGUUCGGGCCACCGUGAGGAACCCAGGUUCUCUCCCUCGGUUCCUUCCUCUAAUGUUUAUAGUCCUUCAAAUGGAAUAACAUUUAUUUCAAAAUAGCCUUCUGGAAACUUAAUAUUAUUCCUUUUUCUAUGACCUUUCCAGUGAAUAUGAAGCGAUACAAAGCUUUUUGUUGUUUUAGUCGGCGUGGUUUGGUAUCUGGGUUAAGGGCAGCUCAAGGAAUUGUUGGAGGGAGACAGAUACAUAUACAAGUUAGAUUGAAAUUGAUGGCAGAUACAUGAGAUAAAUAUAUAUAUAUAUAUAAGAUAUAAUGAUAAACACGGUGGAACUAUGGGGCUGGGAUAAGCACGAUUUAGACGAAUAGCGAUCAAUGUGAAAAGAUACUAGAUUAAUAAGAUUGAGAGGUCUUAGUACAUCAAAAAAUGUGGACAUUCGCGGACAAUUAUUGGAAAUAAUAUUCUAGUUGGAAGAUGUCAAUCGUUGAGUUGUGAAAUAAGGAAAUAAUUUCAACUUUUCAAUGACCUUUCGCGUUUUAUUUAUUCAAUUCUAUCAAGAAGAUAAUUAUUCAAUGUACGAGUUCUGCUCAAUCAUAGGAAUAUCAUUCUUCCUUGACGAAUCAUGAUGUAUGUUUACUUAUUUUUUCCAUUAACUGACGGCUUUGCACAAGAAUAAAUUUUCCAUCGAAUUUUGAUUAUAAUUUAUAAUUUAAUUUUUUUAUUAGCCAGCUCGACAGAAGCGACUCUUGUAUCUCCUUUGAUGGCUGCUUCCUUCUGUGCUCGUUAAUUUCUCUGUGUUUAGAGGACCCGAAGAAUCGCCAUUUGAAGAAAUUACCAGGAGCCGAAGAGAAGCUGACCCUCUGGAGGGCUGACGUCCUUCACAGAGCUGGUCUUGCAGAAGCCAUUAACGGAUGUGACGGCGUCUUCCACACUGCUUCUCCGGUGACCAACGACCAAGUAAAGCACUCUCUCCUUGAACCUUCCAAGUUAGCCAGUUCCACAAUUUCUGAAUUCUUUGCCUAUUUAUCUGCUUAACACUGUGACCAUUAACGGCGGUCGGACCUUGCAUGCAGGAUAAGAUUGUCGUCGCCGUUGAGGGCACCAAGAACGUUCUGAACAUCGCCGCCGAUGCGGCCGUGCGCCGCGUUGUGCUCACAUCCUCCUAUGGCGCUGUACACAUGAACCCCCACCGGAGUCCGGAGGAUACUGUUGAUGAGGGCUGCUGGAGCGACCUGGACUUCUGCAGAAAAACCAAUGUCCGAAUUCAUGGAACUCUCUCUCUCUCUCUCUCUCUCUCUCUCUCUCUCUCUCUCUCUCUCUCUCUCUCUCUCUCUCUCUCUCUCUCUCUCUCUCUCUCUCUCUCGCUACAUAGAUAUUUGCGUACGUGUGUGUGUGUGUGUGUAUGUUCCUUUGAACCUGCUCACUCUCUUUGAUGACGAUGGUAAGCCAGAAUUGGUACUGCUACGCGAAGAUGAUGGCGGAGCAAGCAGCUUGGGAAAUCGCGGAAGAGAGGGGACUGAACCUCAUGGUUGUCGUGCCGCCUGUGACGUUCGGACCGAUGCUGCAGCCAAUGCUCAAUGCCAGUGGCUUGCUUUUGGCCAAGUACCUUAGCGGGAGGAAGAAGGCAUUCCCCAAUGCCGUCCAGGGUUACGUCCACGUGAAGGACAUCGCCGCGGCUCACAUAUUGGUUUACGAGACCCCUUCUGCCGGGGGCCGCUAUCUCUGCAUCGCAGAAGUGCUGCACCGCGCCGACCUGAUGGGCCUGCUCAACGAGAUGUUCCCGCAGUACCCCAUAACCAACAGGUCAACUUGCCUCCGCAGAAGUCUUGGCUUGGCGGUCGAAAUUAUCAGUUCCACUAACUGAGCAUACCUUACUGUGCAAACGUGUGUAAUUAUUAGCAUUUAGAACAAGGAUACGAUUAGAACCUUCGUUUUUUUUUUCUGUUUGACCUGAAUCCUUUAAUAUCUUACCAUUUUCCCCUGUUUUCAUGUCUACUUGCUUUGUUAUGAUACUAAAACUGCGCCUUGAUCUGCUGCAGAUGUGAAGAUGAGCUGAGCCCGAGAGUUAAACCUUACAAGUUCUCCAAUCAACGGGUCAUCGAUCUGGGACUCAAGUUUAUUCCAGUAAAGCAGGCCAUCUACGAAAUGGUCGUGUCUUUGGUGGAAAAUGGCCAUCUUCCCCUCAUACCUUCCAAGAUCUAG